GUGAGAGGGAAUGGAGAGGGAAAACAGGGUGGUGUGUGUGUGUGUGCUGUGAAUUCAAAGCUGGGUGGGUCUAUCGUGUUUCACAUUCCCAAAUAACUCCCGGGCCGUGCGUUAAAGCACUUUCAGUUUUCACAAGGGCACGAUGUUGAUGCUGGCUGGAAUCGUUGUUCUGCACAUUACCACCGUCAUCCUGCUUCUGGUGGCCACCAUUGAUAAUGCCUGGUGGAUCACUAGUACAGUGUCAACUGACUUGUGGGGCAGGUGGGAGUUGACGAACUUAGUCUGGCAUUACACCAACCUGAAAAACUACCCAGAGGAAUAUCUCCAGACGGUUCAGGCCACCUCAGUGCUGGCCUGUGUGUUUUCCAUUCUGGCCUUGUUUGUGUUUGUGGCUCAGCUGUUCACCCUGUCCAAAGGCCAGAGAUUCACCUUCACUGGCAUUUUACAGCUAAUCGCCUGCCUGUGUAUAAUGAUAGCAACCUCAAUCUACACGGCCGAGCUUCACACCGAUGACACAGAGGGAGCGUACGGACACUCCUAUGUCCUGGCCUGGAUCUCUUUUGCACUCACCUUCAUCUUAGCGAUCACCUACCUCGUACUGCGGAAGAAGAGUGAGUGAGCGAGCAAGAGAAGAGGAGGAGGCCAGGCCUAGGAUGAUAUUCCCAGUUUGAAUUGGGGAAAUUGAAGAAUAGAAUUUGUUUCAAAAUUUGGAGAAAACAUAGAAGAUUGUUGAUCUAAAUCUGCAGCUAGGAAAAUGGGGGAAUAAUGUUCAGUUGCUAAAAAGAGCCAUUUGUUUAUAUUUUGAUUAUAAAUUGAAAUGGAACCCAUGCUUACAUUACAUGAAGGGCGGAACUUAACUAUUUUUCUCAAUAGAUUUCUAUUUGAUUAAAGAAAGAAGAGGGCAGGGUAAUAUUUUAUUCAUUCAUUCAGUAUGGCAGUAUGGGCUACAAAAUGAUGGUUUUGAUUAGGAGGCUGCAACCCCUAAACAUACUUUUUCAAGUCAGAAUAACCAUAAAAUUAAUAAAUCAAUUAUUUCCAUUGUCUUUUUAAAAAAGUACACAGAUUUGGAGCACUCAGUCCAUACCCAUUAAUACUGUAAAUGAAUAGUUUGACAUUUAUUUGCUUUCUUGCAGAGAGUUAGAUGAGAGGAUCGAUAUCACUCUGACAUCCGUGUGUUAAGUAGGAAGCUACCGCCAGGAGACAGUUAGCUUAGCUUAACAUAAAGAGUGGCAACAGGGGGAAACAAUUAGUGAACUUUAGAGGUGCUUGUUGGUUUUUUUUUUUUUUUAACCUUCAGACAAAGCCAGGCUAGCUGUUUCCCUGUUUCUAGUCUUUAUGCUAAGCUAAGCAGCUGCUGGAGGUAGCUUCUUGUUUACUGCAUAUAAAUAGGAGUGGUAUCAAUCUUCUCAGCUAACUCUCUGCAAGAAAGAAUGAAUUAUUUCCUAAAAUGCCAAAUAUCCCUUUAAAAAUCUAACAAAGUUGACCAUAUGGGAGGAGAAAAACUAAACAAAAGCCCUUUUGAGAUAUGGAUGAAAUGUGAGAUGAAAGUCCUUAUCCUUUAUAAUCACUUUGUGAGGCUGACGGUUACUACUGCAGCUUUCCAGAGUCGGAGUGAAAAAAAAAAAAUCAUGUCUGAAGACACAGCAUGUUGGCAAAACUACAACAUUCCUGUUGCAGUACUUGAACAAUCAAAAAAGACAAGCCUUAAUUUACAGUACAAGUAGUUUUAAUCAUGUAUCAUUACAACUGUAGUGUAUCCUUUUUUAAUCUAUGUACAUUGUAACCAUUAUAUUUUUGUAACAUUUUGUAUUGAGUGUUUUAUUUACCAUGUUUGAUUUUGUGUCUGUAGUUGGCUGCUAUCGUAAGAAAAGUACAUGCAAUAUGUACAAGUGAACAUAAUAAUGAACCAGGGAUGGAGGACAAUGGUGUUUCAUUUCACCAUAUUUCAUAACUAUGCAAUAGAAUGUUUUGUUAGUAAUUACAUUCAAGCCCUAUCAUUUAUUAAUAAAACAAAUUAUAUCACAAA